GUGUGCACUCCUCGAAGUGUCAUGGUUGUUGCAGACAACGGCGAAAGCUAUGCGGGUGUUAUCAGCGCCGUUCACGAAGUAGGGCACCUGUUAGGUUCUUCUCAUGAUGGGUAUGAAAGUUCGUCAGCGUGCCAGGCUAAUGCUGGAUUCAUAAUGAGCCCAAGUGCCACAGGUGAUAUUCGGCUUGAAUUCUCUGACUGCAGCAAGGCAUCCAUCUCAACCUUUGUGACGGCACAUGCCACGUGUUUGUUCCAACAGAAUAACAUCGUACCCUCUGCGACUACAAUACAGGUUGUCAAACCCAAGACGGAAACAAAACAUGAAAAGGAAAACAAGCGGAAGUGCCAAACACGCCUGGAGCGAGGAGAACAUAUCUUGCGUGCUGAGCAGAGGGAUCAACAUUACGAAAAAUGUAUUGUCAUCUGCACGGCUCGCUCAAGGUCAUCAGCUCUGCAGAGGGUUUAUGCCAUUGUUGCGCUGGAUGGCACACCAUGCAGCAAGUCGGGCCCUUCUAAGGUCUGCAAGAAAGGACGCUGCAGAAACAAAUAGAAAUAAAACCAUCAUUUUUGCAUAGAA